AUGAAUUUCCAGCGUUGUUUUGUGCCUCGCAGCUUCAGCCCGAAAAUUCCUUUUGGUCCUCAUGAUAAAUUUGAUAAAGCUUUUCAGUUAGUGUGGAAAAUGGGAGUCCCUUAUAAGAUUAAGGCUUUUGGAUGGAUGCUUCUUAUUAAUAGACUUCCGACUAAGGAUCUCCUUAGUAUUAGAGGUAUAUCUUUUCCUAUCGAUUCUCAAAAGUGUAUUUCAUGUGGGAAUGCUGAUGAAACUUUGGAUCAUUCAUUCUUAUUUUGUUAUGUUAUUAUCUUGGUUUGGAGGGAUAUAGCAGAGUGGAUUGGUUUUUCGGAUUUUCCAGAGAUUGAGUCGAAAGGAAGUUUCAUGAAAUGGUACAAAUUUUGUAAACUUAAGAAGGUGAAAAAAGAGAAAGAAGGUUGUGAUUGGUUGGCUAUUACCUGA